AUGGACCCCGACGAGCGGUCCGACGAGGACUGCGACAAGCUGCGGCCUUUGCUGGAGACCGUGGGCUCCUUCCACCUGCUGUUGAGCGACCGCGACAUGCUCCUGAAGCUGUGCCGCGCUUUGAAGCUCGUGACCAUCCCCUGGGGCGGCGUCGACCUCAUGCGCGAGGGCGACCGCGGCGAUUGCAUGUACUUCGUGCUCGCGGGCCGCUUCUCCCUCUGCGUCAAGGGCAAGGACGGCAAGAGCCACAACGUGGGCAUGUCCAAGUGCGGCAACACCAUCGGCGAGGUCGCGCUGCGCGAGGAGGGCUUCCGCAACGCCACGGUGACGUCCGCGGAGGCGUCGGAAUUGCUGCGGAUCGAGCUCGAGGACUACAACGAAUUGCUGCGCCACAACGACAAGAACCACGACCACAACCGCAAGGUCACGACGCUCCAGCGGUCGCCGGCGCUGCGCCAGCUGCGCCAGGUCGACAUGGAGGAGAUGGUGAAGCGCACGUUCUUCCAGACGUUCCACGCGGGCGAGCGCCCGGGGCCGGAAGCACCCUCUUCCCGCCCAGGCGAGCACCUCUGGAACGAGGGCGAGAUGUUCGACGGCAUGCGCUACGUGCCCGUGCUCCUCCGCGGCGAGGUCGCCCUGCUCAAGGAGGUGCCCGAGGACGACGUCGCGUCGUCGACGUGCACGGAGCGCUACGGGAAGCGGGGGCCCGGCGCGUCGUUCGACGGCGGGAGCCGGACGUCGCGGGGCACGCGCGAGACCGGCCGCCGCGCGUCGGACGCUUCGGCGAUCUCCGAGGAGGAGAGCGAGAGCGACGACGAGGGCGAGUCCGUCCACGUGUCCCAGGACGGCCUCGGGCCCGCGGAGACGGAGGCGGAGCGCCGGGAGCGGUUGCGCGCGGAGUUCUUCGCGGAGAUCGCGGCCGCGGCGUCGCGGCGCGCGCUGCGGCGGCUCCUCUACAAGUCGACGCGGGACCGCCACUCCAUCUCCAAGUCGAAGCAGCUGGGCCUCUGCACCGUGGGCCCCGGGGGCAUCGUGCUGGAGCUGGCCAUGCUCAACGCGGCCUACGAGUCGCCGAGCAACCCGAUGACGGACUGGAGCGACGCGACGUUCUUCGGCCAGAAGCGCGGCUCGGCGCGGAAUUCCAAAUCUUCGACCCGACUUCAAUGUGAGCGUAUGCGACGGCACGGCUGCACGGUGCUGACGACGAUGCGCACGGAGGUGGGCUGGAUCUCGCGCUACCUCUUCCACUCUUUAAUCACGACGAACGCGCCCUUCACGAAGGACGUGUCCGAGUGGGUGCUCACGCUGCCGACGGCGGCGGCGAUCCGCGACAUGCUCGUGACGCAGGAGAUGUGGAAGAACUUCCGGUCGAAUUUGGUGGAGGACGUGCUCGCGGCGUCGCCGCGGGCGUCGAACCGCGACCGCGUCGAGGCGAGCCGCCGCGAGCCCGCGCGGCACAACGGCACGGCCGUGUCGAAGCGCGUCGCCUUGUUCAUGGGCGCCGAGGCGAACCGCGCCAAGGCCGAGGAGAAGGUGCCCGCGGUGCUGAAGAAGGCGCAGGACGACCUCGCGGAAAAACAAAAAGCCGAGGCGCGGCGCGCGAUGGCCUACCGGUCCGCGCACCUCGCGCACCGGUUGAAGCAGCGCGCGUCGGGCCGCGACACGAGCCGCCGCGCGUCCGCGGCGAAGCCCCCGCCGCUCGUGUUGGGGGCGCCGGCGUCCGACGACGACGACGACAGCGACGUUCCGUCGGGCGACGACGAAGAGUCGGGCGCGCCGCGGCGGCCGCCGGGCCCGCCGCCGUCGAGCCCGUCGCCGCGCGGCAAGGGCCGGCCCCGCGGGUCGACCUCGCCGAAGCGCGACCGGCAGACGCCGGCGUCGCCGGGCAAGCGGCCGCCGACGCCCGACGCCAAGAACGUCGCGGACCGCAACAGCCUCUUCGACGCGGAGGAGACGACGGACCGUUUGGUGACGAUGCUCCCCUUCCGCCACCCGGGCGACCAGACGCACCAGUUCCGGCCCAACGUCAAGGGCGCGCCGUCGGCGCACCAGGUCGCGCUCAAGCUCUCCAUCGCGCCCAAGGACCAGCUCCAGUGCUACCCGGAGCUCGUCGACGACCUGCCGACGCCCUUCGCUGUGCCCUUCGCCUACGAUUCCAUGCCGGACACGCGACUCCACCCGCACUCCGUCAUCGUCCGCAAGAAGCGCGUCCGCGCGCGCCGCGCCUUCGUCCGGGCCGACUGGAACAUCCGCGAGGAGGACCACGCCGAGGCCGUCCUCAUGGACGAGGCCCAGGGCACGGCCGCCGCGCACCAGCGCCAGCGCCGCACGGACGUGAACCAGACCUUCUACGACCGCCGCGCGACGAACGCGCUCCUGCUCACGGAGGUCCUCGCCGUCGCGACGGAGGGCAAGAGCGAGGCGGAGCAGCUGGCGCCGGCGCUGGCGCCGGUCUACUACGAGUACGGCGUCGCGCUCAUGGGCGCCUGCCGCGAGGCGGCGGCGGCGGGCGAGGCGGACGCCGAGGCGAGCGCGGACGGCCCGAGCGCGAAGCGCCGCAAGCUCGACGGCGACGCGGACGAGCCCGGCGACGGCGGCGACGACGCGGACGACGACGACGACGACGACGACGGCGGCGACGACGACGAGGACGACGACGACGACGACGAGGACGACGCGGCGAUCGCGUGGAAGCUCGUGGACCAGGCGCGGUCCAUCUUCCUCGCCGCGGGCGACGGCGCGGCCGCCGCGCGGUGCGCGGAACAGCUCGCGGGCCUGAACGUCGACGAGGCGCGCUGGUCCGACGCCGUCGUCGAGUUCAGCGCCUGCGUCGACUACUACGAGUCCGUCGACGACGAGUUGAGCCUCGAGGACGAGACGCGCUUCCUCUCCUGCGUCGCGUCGCUCGGGGCCGCGUACGCGGACCACGCCGCGGCCGACGAUUCCGCGGACGUCGCCUUCGAGGGCGAGGGCGGCGAAAGCGUCGUGCUCGUGCCGGCGGCCGACGUCCCGGACCGGGCGGCGUCCUACGCGGCCAUGGCCGAGAAGAAGACGAACGCGCUCCUCGAGCGCCUCGCGCGCGACGGCGCGCCCGUGGACGACGUCCGCAAGCGGGACCUCGUCGCCCUCGCCGUCGAGGUCCAGUUCGACGACGGCAGCGAGUGCGCCAUCUGCAUGGAGCCGCUCGACGCGCGCGACGUCGUCGCGCUGCCCUGCGCCUGCGCCGUGUCCUACUGCUUCCGCUGCUGGGACCGGGCCCUGGCGUCGUCGUUCAAUGCGAGGGGCCAGGCGAGUUGCCCGACGUGCCGCGUCGCCGUCGACGUGGACUUCGACGCCGACGCGCGGGGCGGCGAGGGCGCGCUCGUCUUCUCCGUCGCGGCCGGCGGCGGCGCGGCCGGCGCGGAGGACGCCGACGCCGCGCAGCACCGCGUGGAAUCCGUCGUGAACCGCCUCGCGGGCCAGGCCGCGCCGCUCAUGACGCGGCGGCUCCGGCGCUACGGCGAGGACCACGGGGAAUUGCGGCCCGCGGCGGCGGACGUCGGCGCGUACCUGAAGGGGCUCGGCGUCAAACGACUAAAGGCGCUCGCGGCGGCGUCGGGCCUCGACCCCGGCGCGUACCUCGAGAAGGCGGAGCUCGUCGCGGCCGUGCGGGCCGCGCACGGCACCGACGGCGCCGCGGCGGCCUUCGCGGUCGCGGCCGCGGGCGACGCGGGCCCGCGGUGCGUCUGCGGCGGCGCGCUGCUGCGCAUGGACGGCCUCGCGCGCUACCUGCGGGUCUGCACGGAGUUCCCGGACGUCGGCGACCGCGGCGACCUCGAGACCGUCGCGCGGACGUUGCUCCACGCGGACGUCGCGCGGGGCACGUCGUCGGUGAUCUGCGACCUGUGCGACCGGCCCGUGCCGCCGCGGGGCGCGGUCUACACGUGCGCGUCGGGCGAGACGACGGUGCUCCACGCGACGGAGUACGACGUCUGCGAGCGGUGCUUCGUCGACUUCGCCGUCGACGGCCGGUCCGACGGCGCGCUCCCCCAGACGCGCCGCGCGCGGUCCAUCUUCCUCGCCGCGGGCGACGGCGCGGCCGCCGCGCGGUGCGCGGAACAGCUCGCGGGCCUGAACGUCGACGAGGCGCGCUGGUCCGACGCCGUCGUCGAGUUCAGCGCCUGCGUCGACUACUACGAGUCCGUCGACGACGAGUUGAGCCUCGAGGACGAGACGCGCUUCCUCUCCUGCGUCGCGUCGCUCGGGGCCGCGUACGCGGACCACGCCGCGGCCGACGAUUCCGCGGACGUCGCCUUCGAGGGCGAGGGCGGCGAAAGCGUCGUGCUCGUGCCGGCGGCCGACGUCCCGGACCGGGCGGCGUCCUACGCGGCCAUGGCCGAGAAGAAGACGAACGCGCUCCUCGAGCGCCUCGCGCGCGACGGCGCGCCCGUGGACGACGUCCGCAAGCGGGACCUCGUCGCCCUCGCCGUCGAGGUCCAGUUCGACGACGGCAGCGAGUGCGCCAUCUGCAUGGAGCCGCUCGACGCGCGCGACGUCGUCGCGCUGCCCUGCGCCUGCGCCGUGUCCUACUGCUUCCGCUGCUGGGACCGGGCCCUGGCGUCGUCGUUCAAUGCGAGGGGCCAGGCGAGUUGCCCGACGUGCCGCGUCGCCGUCGACGUGGACUUCGACGCCGACGCGCGGGGCGGCGAGGGCGCGCUCGUCUUCUCCGUCGCGGCCGGCGGCGGCGCGGCCGGCGCGGAGGACGCCGACGCCGCGCAGCACCGCGUGGAAUCCGUCGUGAACCGCCUCGCGGGCCAGGCCGCGCCGCUCAUGACGCGGCGGCUCCGGCGCUACGGCGAGGACCACGGGGAAUUGCGGCCCGCGGCGGCGGACGUCGGCGCGUACCUGAAGGGGCUCGGCGUCAAACGACUAAAGGCGCUCGCGGCGGCGUCGGGCCUCGACCCCGGCGCGUACCUCGAGAAGGCGGAGCUCGUCGCGGCCGUGCGGGCCGCGCACGGCACCGACGGCGCCGCGGCGGCCUUCGCGGUCGCGGCCGCGGGCGACGCGGGCCCGCGGUGCGUCUGCGGCGGCGCGCUGCUGCGCAUGGACGGCCUCGCGCGCUACCUGCGGGUCUGCACGGAGUUCCCGGACGUCGGCGAUCGCGGCGACCUCGAGACCGUCGCGCGGACGUUGCUCCACGCGGACGUCGCGCGGGGCACGUCGUCGGUGAUCUGCGACCUGUGCGACCGGCCCGUGCCGCCGCGGGGCGCGGUCUACACGUGCGCGUCGGGCGAGACGACGGUGCUCCACGCGACGGAGUACGACGUCUGCGAGCGGUGCUUCGUCGACUUCGCCGUCGACGGCCGGUCCGACGGCGCGCUCCCCCAGACGCGCCGCGUCGGCGCGCGCUAA